CUCUGCUGCAGGGCCGUCUGCCUGAAGUGAUUACUUCCUUAUCUCUCAUCGGCUGAGAACUGGGUCACAGGGCGCUGGCAGUUGUGCACAGGUGUGUGGACGCUUUGUUGGCUGUUCCCGCUGUCGGAACAGAUGUGUGCUCCAAGCUCAACUGGGUCGCCCAUUGCCUUUUCCAACACCUGCUCCAGCAGCUGUCCUGCACACAGCAAGGUUGGACUUGAAGGCCAACGUGAUGGGACCGAGGUCAGGCCUUGGGGUGCACUGUCUGAUGUGGGUGUCAGGCAGCACGUGGGGACUGUGGUCAGGGAAGGCUUCUGAAGGGGCGUGGCUUUGAGGUGGAGGACAGGGUGAGGUUGGUGAAAUGACAGGAUGCUGGGAAAGGGUGCUUCGGGCAGAGGGCUGCGCUAACCAAGGCUCGUCGGCAAGGAGGGCACAGUGCCUUCAGAAAACUUCAGUGGCCAAGGCCACAGUCGGGUGUGAGUGGUUUCCCUGAGCAUUGGUGUGAAGGCUAGGAGUCCCCAACAAUUUCUCCGGUAGAGCUGCCUCCAGCACAGGCUGCCUGUGGGGCUUCCCCAUGGAUGACUGCCCAGCGGCGUUACUAUGGAAAUCCUCCAUUCCCUUGACCCUGAGCAGGAUAACCCAAGGUAAGUUUGAGGAUCGGGAAGACCACGUCCCCAAGCUGGAGCAGAUAAACAGCACCAGGAUCCUGAGCAGCCAAAACUUCUCCCUCACCAGGAAGGAGCUGCUGAGUACAGAGCUACUGCUGCUGGAGGCCUUUGGCUGGAACCUCUGCCUGCCUACGCCCGCCCACUUCCUCGACUACUACCUCUUAGCCUCCGUCAGCCAGAAGGACCGCCACUGCCACAGCUGGCCCACUGCCUGCCCCCGCAAGACCAAAGAGUGCCUCAAGGAGUAUGCCCACUAUUUCCUAGAAGUCACCCUGCAAGAUCACAUUUUCUAUAAAUUCCAGCCUUCCGUGGUGGCUGCAGCCUGCGUUGGGGCCUCUAGGAUUUGCCUUCAGCUUUCUCCUUAUUGGACCAGAGACCUGCAGAGGAUCUCAAACUACUCCCUGGAACAUCUCAGCACGUGCAUCGAAAUCCUGCUGGUAGCUUAUGACAACGUCCUCAAGGAUGCCGUUGCUGUCAAGAGCCAGGCCUUGGCAAUGGUGCCCGGCUCACCCACCCAGGUGCUGUUCCAGCCACCCGCCUACCCAGGCCUCAGCCAGCCGUCAGCGACGGCGCUGGCCCAAUUCCAGAACCCCGUGCAGGACCUGUGCUUGGCCUAUCGGGACUCGCUGCAAGCCCACCGCUCGGGGACCCUGAUCUCAGGGGGCACCAGCUCAUCCCUCCACCCCCUGUACCCCACUCUCCAGCCCCUGGACGUGUGUCCUGUGCCGCUGCCCGCGUCCUUCAGCAUGCAGAUGGCGAUCGCAGCCGAGCCCAGGCACUGCCUCGCCACCACCUAUGGGAGCAGUUACUUCAGUGGGGGUCAUGCAUUCCCCGCAGGCUGUUUUGAUAGAUAGGGCACCUUUAGCCACACAGGGAGGCCUUGGAGACCCGGGCAGAGGAAGAGGAUGCUGACCAGGGGAGCCUAGCCCAGCGAGACACCUGGGAGGGGCCAUCCCCACAGAGAGCCUCAGGGUCCUUGAACAGAGCGGGCCUGUGGUCUUUUUAAAUAAAAUUGACCCGGAGCACAACAGGCAAUGACAUACCUCACCCGAGAGCAUUCCUCUGGAAAAAUGUCUUCACUUGUGUCUAGGGUGCAGGAGGGUGGCUCAGUGGCCACCCUCUGGAGAGGGGCCCAGCGGGUCGAGGAAGACUUGGGAAGAGGCCAGGAGGCUGGAGACUGGAUGCAGACCUGCAGUCCACGAGCACCUCCAUGUUUUAGCAUCGAAGACACCUUUACUCUUUGCUAAUGGCAGCUACACCAUUGGAAAGGGCGUGGCCUGACGUGCUCUCAGGGACCCCAGUAGGUGGCAUCUGGCUCCAUCCACAGGGGCCUGGGUGUGCGUCUGCCUCCUGAGACACAGUGAGCAGCUGUCUUGAUUUAUUGUGGAGCCUAAAACCUUCUUCAGCCUUUUAGAUGUUUCACGUGUUGCUGCUUCCCGAAGUGACCUAGCUUUCUGUUCAGUAAGAUGUCUUGUUUACAUGCUAUAUCAGGGAUUUUGUGAUACUUGAAAAUUCCUUAGGAGAAAAACAUUGGUGGAUUGCUACACUGCCUGUCCCAUGCGUGGGCUGUAGGUUUUAACCCAGCUUGGGAUGGACCCCUGGUUAACCACAGAGCUCCCUUUUGCAAAAGUGUAUGGUUGGGGAGAACCACUUUCCAAGCUCUCGGUUCCAGAAGAUGCCACAUCUUGGAUGCUCUGUUCAUCUGUAGAAGUUCGAUAACCACCCAGAGAAAAAAGACUGUUGAGAAGUAGACAAAGAUUUAACACCAGCAACCCCCACCUCCCUCCCUCCACCGCAUGCUUCUAGUGCAUGAGGUUAACCCCAGCCUUGGCCUUGCAUUUGGCUCAGAGCAAAGGAUCAUUAAUGUGGAAUGCACGCCUGACGCCAGCUGGAUUUGGGGGCAUGUGGGGUCUGUGACACCACUGAGAGCCAGCGAUGGGUUGGAUCAAAAGCCAGUAUUUGGGUCUCUGCAGUGAGAGGGCUCUCAGGAAGACUCUUGGAACCAUGUGCAAUAUGUUUUUAUUCUGACUCACGGCUUGUGCUCAGUGUAUUUUAUUUUUUGGUUGGUUUGGGGUCAGUGGUCACAUUGUUCAUCCCCCGGGACCGGGAGGUGCAAAGAACCAUGGAAGCGUAUUUUGGUUUGUUUGUUAAAGAAGAACCCAUUUUAGUUUUCUUGACUUGGUUGCCAGUCUAGGAGACUGGCAGAGAGACUGCGGGAAGUCAGAUCCGAAGGUGGUUUUCGGAGCUGAUGGGAGCCUCAGCACGGAAGCUGAGUGAAAGAAGAGCCUGGACACCGGCACGGAGGGGUCACGUUGUCACACUAGCAUAGGAAAGUGCACGUUCGUUUGUUUCCUCUUUUUCCUUGCCAGCCUCCUUCUGUUUAUGUGCAACUGGUUUGGAUUCCAAGUUAUUGUGUCUGUCUUUUCUGGGUCUGGCCGUUUGUGAGGGUCUUCCCCCAAAUAGAGCCUCCCAGCCAGCCCAGCCCAGAGAAAGAGUGGUCCUGCAAUAAAUACAUCACCUGUU